UCGCCGGCUUGGGCCUCGUCCUCCCCGGCUUUAGCGGGCGGGGAUUGUUUGUGCGGGCAGACUGCGGCUCCCCCCUGCUGCCGGGGCUUUGGCGUCGAGAAGGUUCGCGGGUAUCGCCCGGGGCCGCAGCCUCCGGGACAGAAAUUUCUCCAAAAUAAAUAUUUAGAUACCUUCUGAAGGAGUAUGUUAAACCAAAGAAAUUGAGAAGAUGGAAACUUUGUGGAAGCUUUCCUAGUUCCUUCAGCAGAUAGUACAAAAUGAAUGUCAUGCUUGUAAAUGAGGUAAAGCUACUCUAUAGCCAGAGCUAUUGAGUCUGAAGAAUGGACUAAUGAAGAUGUGCAGCAAAAUGGGUUGAGUGCGGAACUACCUUAGUCUGUAAGUAUUCGUCUGUGAUUAAAGAGGGUAUUUUGCUGUUUUUGUUUGUUGGAAUUGUCUAUCAGUUCUCUUCUGUUGGGAGAACCUAGAGUUGUGACAGUAUUUUACAGUAAUAUUGUGGGUAUUUCUUCUUCCGUGACUGCUUUAUUGAGACUUAUCUGAAUUGUAGCUCUCUCAAACAUAUAUCUUGUCAUAAGUCAGCAGACUUGUUGGAAUAGUAAUGGCUUUUGAGAGAAGACUUACUUUUCCUGUAGAGAAAACUGCAGUUCUAUUCUGAUUUGGAUCAUGAUGGUAUCAGGUUCUCAGAAUUGACUUUCAUUAUUUAUUCUUUAAGGGUAUGUGUUAUUUUUGUAGCUAGUGUUCUUAAACUGAUAAAUAUUCUUCACUUUUUUACCUUCAAUUUUAUGCAGCAGUGCUUACUCCCUUUUUUCCUCUUUUUAUGUAGUAAUCUUUUAUUUUCUUACCAUUUGCUAAGACAGUUGGUGGUCAUGUUUUGUUUAACUGAAGUAAUUAUCAGUUAAUCACAAUAAACAGUUAUUCUUCAUUAUAAAUGUUUGUUUUGUUUUUUUCAGGUGUCAAUAGACAACCUCCAUGAGCUGCUUUUAUAAGGGUGACUCCUGCAGAAUAUCAAUUGCAUGUUGUUUGGAUUAAGAUAAAGCAAUUUAAUUCCACAUAGCAGGGAGUUAUAACACCCCAACUGCAUUUUGGAAGUAGCCAGAAUGAAUAGCUAUAUAGUGUUCUUUCACUUUUCUGGGAAAGUGGGACCAGCAGUUCACAGUCAUUGCUUAUAGAGUGUCAAUAGGGGGUGGAACUGGAGAAUCCGAUUUGAUGGCCUGUUUGGUCUGAUGUACGUAUUACUGUCAAGUUGCCUUCACACAGUCAUGUGUUGGAAUGAGGAUUGCUUCCAGACUGAUUAAUUUUAUACCAGUCACUUGAGAGGUAUAGGGUAGCUUUCUCUGCUAGAGUUAGGCUUCCUCUAGACUUAGACACUAAGACAACUGGAGUUAGUAAUGUUCUUGAGAGCUGUCUUGGCUGAUUGAAUUAUCACCUUCAGUGACUGUCAGCUUUUUUUUUUGGUACAGAUUCUGUCUGUUACACCUUGUUGGAAGCAGAACCCACACUCACUGUGACCCUAUGCACUGUGACCAGUAGUGAUCUCUGAAUUCCUCCUUCAGAGCAUUUUUGAGUCCCCGCACGCUGGAAAGCCUAGUCAAGAAGCUGGAGAAGGAAGAGAUGAGAGUAUUUUUAUGGCCAUGAUGUAUUCUGUUUUUGUCAUGUUGUCUUACCAGUGCUGGCUGAGCUGAAAAUUUCUGCUGCUUGGUGCGAGCAUGUAUAAAAGGAAUGACUUCAUGGCCAACGUGAUGGUCACCACUCCAGAGGGUAGUAGCAGCUCUGAUUCUCUGGAAGGGCGAAGUUCAGAUUAUGCCAAUAAGAGCUACGAUGCAGUUGUAUUUGAUGUAUUAAAAGUAACUCCUGAGGAGUUUGCUAGCCAAAUUACAUUAAUGGAUAUGCCAGUAUUUAAAGCUAUACAGCCCGAGGAACUGUCCAGCUGUGGGUGGAAUAAGAAAGAAAAACAUAUCCUUGCUCCAAAUAUUGUUGCCUUCACUAGGAGGUUUAACCAGGUCAGUUUUUGGGUUGUACGAGAAAUAUUAACAGCACAGACGUUAAAAAUAAGGGCAGAAAUACUGAGCCAUUUUGUGAAAAUUGCUAAAAAGCUUCUAGAGCUGAAUAACCUACAUUCUCUUAUGUCUGUGGUGUCAGCACUGCAAAGUGCACCCAUCUUCAGAUUGACCAAAACCUGGGCUCUGUUGAAUCGCAAAGACAAGGCCACUUUUGAGAAACUAGACUACUUACUUUCUAAAGAAGACAAUUAUAAAAGAACACGCGAGUACAUCAGAAGCUUAAAAAUGGUUCCAAGUAUUCCAUAUUUAGGAAUUUAUCUCUUGGACUUAAUCUACAUUGAUUCUGCAUAUCCUGCUUCAGGCAGCAUUAUGGAGAAUGAACAAAGAUCCAAUCAAAUGAACAAUAUUCUCCGAAUAAUAGCUGAUCUGCAAGUCUCCUGUAACUAUGAACAUCUUACAACACUACCCCAUGUACAAAAGUAUUUGAAGUCUGUCCGUUACAUUGAGGAACUUCAGAAAUUUGUGGAAGAUGACAAUUAUAAAUUAUCAUUAAGAAUUGAGCCAGGUAACAGCUCUCCUCGACUGGUUUCGUCCAAAGAAGAUCUCACAGGUCCAGCUGAAGUGUCAGCAAUUAUGAAAUUCAGCAGGAGGCCAACAUGUCCUGAUACCUCAGUAGCAGCAAGUCUAUCUACACCUCCUAUACCAAGGCACAGGAAGAGUCACAGCCUGGGAAACAACAUGAUGUGUCAGUUCAGUGUGGUGGAGAGCAAAAGCGCCACUUUCCCGACGGAGAGGCCACGCCACCUCCUGGAUGACAGCGUCCUAGAGUCGCAGAGCCCGACCCGCAGCCACAUGCUGAACUCACUUUUCACCAAUGGCAUUUCCAUAGAUAGCAGUGAAAGCUCAGAAUUUAGUGAGGAGCUGUCAUCGGGGCUUGAAAGGGGUCGUUUAUAUGCAACGCUGGGGCCGAAUUGGAGGGUGCCAAUCCGGAAUUCUCCCAGGAGUCGAAGCUGUGUCUACAGCCCAACAGGAGCCUGCAGCUGCACAUUAGGUAGUUCCAUGGGAGUCGUUUCAAUGGAAGGACCCCUAAGAAGAAAAACAUUGCUCAAAGAAGGCAAGAAACCUACUCUCUCCUCGUGGACUAGAUACUGGAUUAUGCUUUCAGGAUCAACUCUUCUGUACUUUGGAGCAAAAUCUUUAAGAGGCAAUGAAAGAAAACAUUAUAAAUCUACACCUAGUAAAAAGAUCUCCAUUGUGGGCUGGAUGGUGGCACUGCCUGAUGACCCUGAACAUCCUGAUAUUUUCCAGCUAAAUAACCCUGACAAAGGUAAUGUUUACAAGUUCCAGGCUGGUUCAAGAUUUCAUGCAAUAUUAUGGCAUAAGCAUUUGGAUGAUGCGUGCAAAAGCAACAAGCCUCGGGUAAGACUGAGAAACUCUCUACAUAUUUUACAGAAUUUUGCUUUUACAUAUUUUGCAGAAAACCCUUAAUCUUUUAAAUCUGCAUGCACGCACAGUCCUGUGGGGACAUGUCAUUUUGUACAUUGAUCCAGUUUUUCAAUAGGAGGAAUAAAAGGUAUUUAAAACUACAGAUUACCCACCUGAAACCAAGAUCAGUACAUGUCUGCCUAUAAGUUUGGUGACAUUAACAGCAUACAACCUCUGUAAUUGCAGAUUCAAGUAGUGAGGUAGCCCUGUCUUUACUUCAUCAUGAAGGGGCUUCAUCAUGAACAAAGAAGGUAGCCAACAUACUGGCAAUUAAACUGAUGACUGGGUUUAUAAGUACCAUUGAAGAGAGUGUCCUAUAAAAUGCUGUUUGUCCUUUAUAUAGCAGCUUCAUUUUUCAGGAAAAAAAAAAAUGUUCAUUGUUGAAAGGUUUUCAAAGGCUUAUAUUAAUAGGAUGCUCAGCCACACAGGAGGUAUAACAGGACACAGCUCAAGAAUCUUAUUUAUGCAUACACACACAUCCCAUGUAUACUAAUAACUUCUUAGAAUACUUGAACUGGAUUUGGAGUUAUGGGGUUAGCUCGCUUUUGGACCUGUUUGAGACUGAUGACACUUUCACACUGAAUAAUGUAUUAUUGUCCCACUGGAUUUAGAUUACAUACUGUGGAAAUUUUUCACUCAGACAGUGGUGAGGCCCUGGCACAGGCUGCCCAGAGAGGCUGUGGAUGCCCUGUCCGUGGAGGUGUUCAAGGUCGGGUUGUAUGUAGUCCUGGGCAGCCUGACCUGGAGCCUGGUUUAGUGGUUGGCAGCUCUCCCCACAGCAGGAGUGUUGGAACUAGAUAAUCUUUGAGGUCCCUUCCAACCUAAGGCAUUCUCUUAUUCUAUGAUUUUGUAACCUUGCAGCUUCCCAAUGCUGUAAUAUGCUGAGGAGCAAUAUACUGCUGAAUAAUGUACAUUCUCUUCCAGGCACCUGCUAAUCUAAUGUCAUUUGAAUAAUUUGCUCUUACCUGAUGUGACUUCAAGUGCCAAACUGAAGAAACAAGCUAUUGUUCUCUGAGGAAGAGGAGAAAAUAAUAGUUUUCCUGAUGUGAGCCAGCCACAACUAUUUCAGCACUUUCCUGUGUGACUUGAAAGUGAUUCUGACACAGCUUUUAAAAGCAGAAAGUGAAUGUUGUCCUUAGAACCACAUAUAGUUUCAUGCACUGAGUGGACAUAGACCAGUUAAAUGGACAGAAGAUUAAUCCUGGAUUAAGGAAGGAUUUUCAGCCUUCUGUGGUCACAAACUGCCCCUGAACUUAUGUUUGACUACAAACUGAGCACCAUAUCUUCUAUCUUGCCUAUCCUUUUUUAAAUUGCUCUUUUUAUUGUUAAGCUGCUUUGUGUGACUGAAGAACAUUUGGCCCAUGUUGGGUUUCAAUUCUUUCUAAUGCACAAAAUAAUUGACAGUGUUAACUUGCUGCAAAGUGUCAGUUAGAAUAGAAAAUUGUGGAACAACAUUUUUAUAACCUAAGUGCACUGAGUUGCUUUGCGAUGUGGCUGCCUCAGGUUUUGUAUCAAAUCUCUGGAUGAUUCUUUUGUUCAAAUUUGAGCUAUGCGGUAAAAAUGUAUUUUGGCACAGAGCAGUUAUUUUUAUUUGGAUACAUUAUUCUGGAAUACCUUGACAAUGGAUUUAAGGUGCAUGGUUUUAAAUUUAUGUUGCAUUAAAUGUCUUUUUUUGUUCUCUUACUAGCCAUAUAACUGUCACAGUUUGGUUUUUUGUUUGUUUGUUUUUUAAAUCUGAAUGCUGUUCAUCAUAAAGGGAACUGCUAUUCCUUGAUACAGAGAAGCAGAUAAUCAGGUCCUACGAUACACAUUGCUCUGACUCCUCAGAAUGAUUCCAUAACAUUAUUUUCUGUUCUGUCUUUCUGUUGAUUACUCAACCUCACUCAAUUCUAGUACAUGAUGCACUUUUAUGGCAAUAUAGUCAUGGUACUGCAUUUCCAAAAUCAUUAUGGUAAUGGAAGCUAGGUAGUGUCUGGUAGUGGAACAGUUACAUAGAAGUCUCAAUGCUUACAUCCACAGAAUUUAAAAGAGAAAAAAAACAACAACAAAAAACAAAACAAAACAAACAAAAAAAAACAGCCUUCUCAUUAUCUGAGCCUGUUCCUGUAAAGGAGCUUGUCCUACAUCCAUAGCUGUAUCCCUGCUGUGCCCUGGCACAAAUGUAGUCAUAGUUCUUUUCUAUUCCCAUGAUAAGUUCAGUGCUUUUUUGGUUAAAACCUCUUCUGCUGUAAGGCAUCACUAAUUAAACUUCAUUAAUCAUAGGAAGAGCAAAAUCUCUUCUGAGUUUCCUAAGACUGCAUAUAGGAGAGAUUUGCAAGCCAACGUCUAGAUUACAGACCAUGAAAAACUGAAAGUCAAUUUAAAUGAACAGAGCCUGUAUUAGAACAGUCUCCAUCAUAUUAGCGGUAUUUGUUCUGUAGCCUUUUGUAAUUUUCUGAAUUUUGAUUUUGAAACUUCUCUAACAACACCAAUCUGUAUUGUUGAAUGUAGCUCCACUGUAAUUUUUGUGUUAUUUUGAGUGUUUGACCUGAGAAUGAAGCCUAAAGCAUACCAACUUUUCAAAAAUAAUACAGUUCCUGACAGCUCCUGGACAUAGGUCCUGGGACAUGAAAAUUGAUGUAAAAUUGACAGAUGUUCUUUGAUGACACAUGAGUUGUAUAAAAAAAAAAAAAAGCAAAAUAUAUCUAUUUUUUUUCUCCUUGCGUGUUAAAUUAUGAUAACAAUGGACAAAGAAAAACACAAGCAUCUGCAAAGGCAGAGCAUCCAGUGCUAUUAAUGUAAAAUGUAAAUGCUUUUGAAUGUAGUGAAUGAGUAAAUCCAUUAAUUAAAAACUGUUAAAUUAAAACUGUUAGAAUACAUAAUUGGAAUUAUUCUGCACCUGUGUCCUUUAGUGAUUAGUUCUCAACAAAAUUAUUCAUGAAGACGCAGGUUACAUGGAUUGCCAUUUUACUGAGUAUGCCACCUAUAGCCAUGUGUAUUGUGUUUCUUUUUAGCAUCAAUAUGGUUUGAACCAUAUGCAGUUUUGUCACUAUUUUAGACUGCACUUAGACCCUUAAAGCUAAGGAUAACUUGUCAGUCCUUGUGCAGACAUGUAAUUUGUGUAAAAAGGGGUACUGGAACUCUGCCAUAGCAGAAACAUCCCUGCAUUACUGGUUUUGAGUGUGAGCUACCGAAAACUACCCCAGAGGAAACUGGUUCUUUCUUUUAAGUCAUGUUUAAAUGCAUCAUCUAAUCCCGUUGCAAAAUAAGUCUUAUUUAUUUCUCUGACUGUGGAAAACUCUAAAAUUCUUGUGAAAUAACAAGCUAAACAAAUCAAAUGCUUCUGUUCUGCGUCAGCAUGCAUUUGGCCAUCACAAGCAAAGGAAAACUUGUCUGAGAUCAUGUCAAAAAAGUCACAGAAAGUCUGUGCUGAAAGAACGGUUAAAAUAUUGCCCAUUAUACUUUUUAGAUGGACCAACAAAUAAAUACCUAAGAAAGAAGGUAUUGUCUACCCAAAUGAAAUCUUAACUGUAAACAUCAAGAAUGGUGACCAAAAAACAAAUGUGCACGUGAAGUUUUAUUUUUAAGUUACUUUAUUAGCAACCUGUCUUAAAUAUAAGUUAAAUUUAAAAUGGAACACUUAUUGGCAUAAUGUGGAUGUAUUAGAAGCAUGUAAACAACCACUCAUUCCUAGUGUGAUGUAGCAGAAGACAACACCAGUGACAUACUGUCCAGCGUAUUGGAGUUGAGAUAAACUAGUAGAUGUCAUGACAACUUUCAGUUAUGUCUAACACGCCUCCCUUGGAAAGAAGAAUGAUUGCCUGUACGCAUUCAGAACUUAAUAGCAUUUUAGGCUUUAAGUGUCUCUAAAGUUUUGUAUAUGUUACUAUAAAAUUCUUCAAAAAGAUGCUUUUAUUCAAAAUUAUGAGCCAUAGAGCCUGUUGGACAAGUUACAAAAGGAUCGAUUUUCACUUAUUUUAAAACAGAUUGCUAACUAAAAAGGAAAUGUCUUUGACAGAAAAGUUCCAAAAUAGUGUGCCGUGAAUGGGUGGAAACACUUAUGAAUGAUUAUUACACCCAUUUAUUUAUCAGAGAAAUAUAUACAUGGAGAAACAAUACCCUUCAAAUAACCCUACUCAAAACCUUGGAAUUUGGAAGUGUCUAAGAAGAGCUUGAAGUCCUUCACAUCAUUAUCAUUUGAAAGUAAAAAAUCUUAUGGAAGAGAGGUGAAUGUAGCAGAUAAUACACAAUAGUCACCUUUUCAGUAUAAUACAAUUGUGAAAUGGCUGUACAAUAUAAAUUAAAAAACAGAAUAAUGAAGCAGUGUAAUAAUAUUGUUAAAAAUAUCUUGAUCCAAUAUUAGAUGAGUUUAUGAGUAUUAAAUAGUUUGUAGCUACUGGUUAGAGGUUUUUUGUUGUCAUUUGGUAUCAUUUCCUCUCAUCAGGCACUUUUAAUGUGAAUUGAAAGCUGCUGUUGGUACACAACGUAUUGCAAAAAAGUAGUGAUUAAUACAGCAUUUUCUCAAAAAUAUCACCAACCAUGCAAGAUUUUGUCCAUCAAAAAGAAAAACUGCAAUAGUUGUACAGAAAUAGAUAUUGCCUCAUAUUGACUGUUCCGAGAAUUGUGAAGAUAUAAAAUGUAUUUAGGCAAUAUUAUUCCCUUAUUUAUCUGCAAUUUCAAUGUUACUAAGUGCCAAAAUAUGUUUGUCCAAGUAGCACUAAAAUGAGGCAAAGGUAGUAGUUUUCAAAUUGCAACUUACUUGUCAUAUUAUAGUCUAAACAAAUUUCAACAUUUUGGUUUGUGUGAAAACUGUUGCACUAUUUUUGACCGUAUUUUCCAGCAGUCCACUGCAUGCCAUUUGUGUAAGAAUUAUUUCUACAAUUCUUGUGAAAUGUCUCACCUGUAGUAACCACUAAACUCUAGCAUUGGAAUCUAGGUUUUUGGCAAAGUAUUUUGUUACCUCAGUCUUGUAUCGAUUUGCUGUAUUUUUCAGCUUGUUACAUUGAUAAUGAUUGUUUCAUUAGUUAAAUAAUAUUAAAAAAAAAGUUGUUUACUUUGAAAGCAAUUGCAUUUGGUUGUAAAUUCAAAGAUGUGCAAAGUAUGUAUGCUAUUACCAAUAAAAUAUUUUGGAAAAGCA